AUGGUCCCCAAGAAGAAGACGCCCGCCACCGGCGAAUUGCUGAUCUCUGUUGCAGAAUUCAAUCGGACCAGAGACCAUGUUCUGGGCUCUCUCCACAGCCUCCAGAAUGGUCUCGUCAACGUACAGCACCAGAUCACCGUCCUCAUGGACCACUACAACAAGCACUGCGCAUCAGUCCUUGGCAUCGAAAAAGACGACGUCUCAACCGAGAACGAUGCUAUCACAAGCACCAUCAAGACCGCCGCCAAUGUUGUAGAGAGUGGCCAAAAGCUCAUGGACAGCGUAGCCGGAGACGUUGGCGCGCCUGCUGAGAAGGCAAUUGACGGCGUCAAGAGCAAGAAGCGCAAGCGCGAGAAGAAGGAAAAGGACCCCAAUGCGCCCAAGAAGCCCCUCACUGCUGCUUUCCUCUACCACCAGCAUGCGCGUCCCAUCGUUAAGGCGGAUCUCGAGGCAGCGCUCGCCCCAGGUGGCACACUCGCUCCAGCCGCCGUCCAGACCGAGGUCAACAGGCGCUGGGCUGAGCUUUCCGACGCGGAGAAGGAGGAAUGGAAAGCAUCCUACCGCAACUCCAUGGAAGAAUGGAAAGUGCAAAUGGCCGAAUACGUCAAGCAGAAGGGCAUCAAGGACGCCGAAAUCGAAGAAGACGACGCGUCCGAGGAAGGCGAACCAGAAAUCGAAGCCGAAGUCGAAGCCGGCGCCGCAGACAGCGACGCCUCCUCGGAAGACGAAGACGAAGCGCCCGCCAAAGCCCCGUCUCCCCCCGCAAAGACACCACGCAAGCGCCAGAAGACGACGCCCGCUGUAAACGGCAACUCAAUCCCCGUCUCCAUCGCGCCCGCCACAGCGUCCACGCCCGUUCCUCUGCCUACCUCGCGCUCCGCACCCCAAGCCACUGCCUCAACCGCCCCCGCCGUCGCCGAAACCCCCGCAAAGAAAGACAAGAAGAAGAAGGAGAAAUCCGCGCCUCAGCCCAUCGCUCCUGCCCCAGCUUCUUCCCACGACGAACCCACUCCCCCCGAGGAGACUGGCGCCGCGAAGAAGAAGGCUAAAUCCGGUCGUAGCACGCGCAACACGGAGCUGGAAGGCGAUAAAGAGAACGCGGCGGCGCAGGAGAAGGAGAAGGCGGAUAAGGCCGGUAAGGAGAAGAAGCGCGAUCGGAGUAAGAGGAAGAGCGAGGUUGCUUCGUCUUAG